AUUUGGCAGACACUAAAUAAUAAUUCGUUUUCUCAGCAAACGGACGGCUUUCUCACAAAAACUAACCUUUUAAGUUGUAAAGACAAAAGAAAUUUAAUCAUGUGGUCUACACUGCGUAGCUCGGUGCGCAAUAUAUGCGAACCGCUGAGUCGCUCUUGCCAUCACGGCUAUCCCGGCGGUUGUCCGGGUGCGAACUUGCCCUGGUCGAAGGGAAUGCAUAGCCCGGCGCGCUUCACACUGUUCUGGGUUAUUAUUGGCACUGUGGGCUUUGGUGCCCCAUGGCUGGUUGUGCGUCACCAAAUGCUUCGUAACACCGGUGGACCACCACCAGAACCCAAACAAGAGGAGGAACAGAAGUAGGAUGAAGAAGACGAAAAUGAACAAAUUACCCAUCGAACACAUCAGUCUGCCUAACUACAACUCCCUACAAUUAGACCACUUAAUUUGUGCCUUCAUUUAGCAGCGAAUAAAACCACACAUGUUAAUGGA